AGUCGUCCGCUCACCAACUUGGGCUGGGCAGUAUGAGGAUUUCGAAUCGCUUAUCGAUUCCGAGCUCGAAGGACCUUUUCACAAGGAUUCGCAUGGCCCCAGAUUGCCCCUCGGGGUACAGUCGAACCUGACCGUCUGGGGUCGGGAAGGUUGAAAUGCAAGAUAUAUAGUCUGCAGCGCGAAGGUCUUCCAACGUUCAGAAACAGAGUGUCGAUCGAAAGUCCAGCAGCAACCUUGUUCAGCAGGUCUUGAACAACUUUGUCGAAUUCUCACAGUAGCUCCACGUCCAAGAUGUCCAGCGCUCAGCCUCAACUUUAUCGUCAGGAGACCGACGUCUCCAAAUCGGAUAUCGGAACCAUCGAUGGAGAGAAGGGAAACUAUGACCACCGGGAGACUCUCAAAGUCCCCGACACCAUCGCGGAGAUGGACGAGGAUACCGGCGGAAACGUUGGUAUCGCCGAGUAUGAGAGGAGUAAACAGAUGGCGGAGAUCACUCCCGCUCAGAACAAGGCUAUUCUCAGGAGGAUCGAUUGGUUCAUCCUGCCUCUUUUCUUGAUGACCCAGACUUUGCAAUACCUUGACAAAACCGCUUUGAACUACGCCAAGGUUUUCGGAAUGGAGAAGGCCAUGGGUCUCCACGGCCAACAGUUCAGCACGGCCGCCUCGAUCUUCUACGUUGGAUACCUGGUUGCUCAGGCGCCUUGGGCUUACCUUAUCGGUCGUUUCCCUGCUGGACGAGUCUUGGGUGUCUCUACCUUGAUCUGGGGUGUCUGUGUCAUCACUAUGGUUGAAAACAAGAACUACACCCACGUCUUGGUCUCCCGUUUCUUCCUCGGUGUCUUCGAAAGUUCCGUUACUCCCGGAUUGAGCUUGAUGACUGGUUUCUGGUACACCCGAGAGGAAAGUCCUCUGCGACAGACCAUUUGGUACUCUGCUAUCGGUUGGGGUGGUAUGAUCGGUGCAUUGAUGGCGGCGGGAAUCCAGGGUCUCGGCGAUGAUCCCGUUCCUCGAUGGAAGCUCAUCUUCUACAUUUUGGGAGCUAUCACCAUCGCUUGGGCUUUCGUUCUCUGGUUCUUCUUAGCCGAUGGACCUUCCAACGCGAAGUGGCUCAAGGCAGAGUACAGGUCGCUCGCCGUCGCUCGUGUCGCCAAGAACGGUACCGGUAUCAAGACCACCACCUUCAACGUCAGGCAAGGUCUCUCCGCGCUCUACGAUAUCAAGGCUUGGAUGUUGUCGCUUGCCAUGUUCGGUUCCUCGGUUCCCAACGGUAUUCUCACCAACUUCUCCGGCCCCAUCAUCAAGGGUUUGGGUUUCAGCACUCUCAACGCUGCUCUCCUUGACUGUGCCGGUCGAUCGCUUCAGGUCAUCUCCUUGUUGAUCGCUGGUAUCCUCGCUACCAAGUUCAAGAACAAUCGUAUCAUCAUGGUCACCAUCGGAAACUUGAUCUGUGUUCUGGGAUCCGGCCUUAUGGCCUUCUUGCCCUACGAGAAAUCCUACACCUGGCCCCGACUUAUUGGUUUCUGGUUGAUCAACUGUCAAUCGAUCGGUUUCACCCUCGGUCUCGUUAUGAUCUCUUCCAACUUUGGAUCUUACUCUAAGCGAUCGGUCACUUCGACCAUGGUCUUCAUCUGCUACUGCGCCGGUAACGCUGCCGGACCCAGCUUUGUCUACGAGAAUCAGGCACCCCAAUACCCCUCAGCUGCUCAGGCCAUGCUUGGAGGAUACGUCGGCAAGACCAUUUGCCACUGUAUUUUGGGAGCAUACAUGUGGUACGAGAACAAGCGAAGGAACAGGGUUUACGGCGAGCCCGACCCUGUUUUGGCCGCCGACAACGGUAUGAAGGGAAUGACCGAGAUUGAGAACAUCCACUUCCGAUACGUCUUGUAAGAAGCCCACAAGAAUGCGUCCGAGUCGAGCGUGCGCUUUCCGCCCUCCUCCGCAAAUAUAUGGUCCUUUCCCGUUCCUGUCUCGUCGCGAAGCAUUUUUCAGAUUGCGUAAGAACCUUAUACUAGUAUGGAUAUACAUCAGGUUGUCAUAAAUAUAUAGGAUGAACAUGUUCCGUGGGAUACAUUGAAUUUACCUUUGUGAA